CCCCUUCUCCGGGAUCCUGAAGCUCGGAUCUGGGGAGAGAGGAGGAGGAGAUACCCUGUGGUUUUCCUUUGCGGGAUUUAUUUUGUCAGCUCCAAAACCUUCUUGUGCUUUAUCUUUUUAUAGUGACCGAAGGCCUGCAACUUGUCCGGACGGUCCCUCCCCACUCGCAAGGGAGGCAGAGUUUGCUGACCUUGGGUAAGAGGAGUAGGUUCCUGGAGAAGAAAGAUGUGGCAUCACCUGCUCAACUCACCAUGGCGGGACAUGUUCACUGAGCAGAUAUUUGCUUUAACUUGAAAAGCUCUUCCUCUGGCGGAAUUGACAGCUUGGUGAUAACGUGUUUAAUAGAUCAUUUUACACCUCUGUCGUAGGAUUUGAUGGACUGCCUUUGGGGAUCUUCGCUUGGAACCUUGCUUGGUUCAGUGACACGAUGCAGUUUUGAGUUCCUGUAAAAGGCUUCAUCUGUUGGAUAUUACAUGGUUACCUUGGAUCUAAUACAUUGAUAACAUUCGCUUGGAUAUUGUGGAGAUUCUCCUCUGGGGUUUUCACACGAGUGGAGGUCGAGCAGUGCCAGUGUUUGGCCCUUGAAGAGUUUGACUCUCUGUAAGAGGAGGGUUUAUCUGGAUGUUUCCCAUGAAGGACAUGGAUGGCCCUCGAUCUAGUGGCCUCCGCAAGAAGAGGAAGUCGAGGUCAGCGAGGGAUCGGGAGAGGAGAUCAAAUGGGAUAAGGAACAACCAUGUUAAGAGCUCCGUCUUUCGCUUCUCCUCCGACUCAGAGAGGGAGGGUGGCAGGGAUCCCUCCUCAUCCCGCCCUCGUCCCCCACGAAGAAAGCGAAAGGAGUCUAGUUCUGCUGAAGAGGACAUCAUCGAUGGCUUCUCCAUCACGGGGUUCGUGACCCUGGAGGCUCUGGAGAAGAACAUGACACUGAAGCCCCCAGAGUGCAGAGACAACCAGGCAGGGCCCCUGCACAAGAAAAAGCCUGUCAGGGUCCCUAACGGCCUGAGCCUGGAGCCCUGCAAGAACAAUCACCACCACCAACAGCCUUCAGACCAGGAGAACAACCCCCGCCUUGCACACACACAGGGCAAGAGGAAGAAGAAGCACCUGAACAAGAAACACACAGUGCUGAAGCCAGGGCAGAACAACUGUAAGGACAGCGACAGCGAGAGUGUAAGCGGAGAGUCCAAGCCCUCCAUCAGGAGCAGCUCCAGAGACAGACUGACAGAUUGUGACAGCGAGAGUGACCAAGAUGACAAGGUUUCCGAUGCCAGCUCAGAGAAAUUUUUCAGCACAGCUGCAGUUAAAGUUCCAGAUUUUGGCAUCAAUGUGCUCUCCACCAAUGGCAGCCAGGAGCCUCAUGGCCCAGGCCUCCUCAAGGUUUCAGGCCUAGAGCGCAGUCAGGAGAGGAGCCAGGAGAGCUGCAGGGACCCCCCACCCCCUGCAUCCAUCACCCCAAGUCAAUCGCUGCCCCCCCAAGCCCUGCCCCUGCCCCCCCAACACCCCCGGCCUCCGCCGACGCCCAGCCUUCAUCCACACCCACCAUCACCUGCCCUCCCCACCCAUCACCCUCACCAACAGCACCCCAGCCAGGCAGGGCCCCACCGGCCCCCAUCGCGCUGCCACCCCCGUCCCCUUUCUGCCUACAACGGCCUCAACCUCAACGGUCACAGCAGCAGCAGGAGCAGCACCCCAGGCACCAAGCCCCACGGGCCCCCUGCUACCUCCUUACACCUCCCCCACCACCCACCUCCUCCUGCAGCGGCCACAGCAGCAGCCUCCAACUUCCCCCUGCCCUUGGCGGCUAACCAGAACACCCCCCACAGCUUCCCCCCUGCCUUGCAGUCCUCGCCGCACCCACAUCACCCCAAUAUGUUCGCUCCUCCAGCGGCCUUGCCUCCACCACCACCACUUACGUCUAGCACCCUGCCAGUACCCGGACAUCCUGCUGCUGGGAGUGCCUACUCAGAGCAAGACCUUCUGCGCCAGGAGCUCAACACCCGUUUCCUGGCCUCCCAGAGUGCCGACCGCGGCGCCUCGCUGGGCCCUCCACCUUACCUGCGCACUGAGUUCCACCAGCACCAGCAUCAGCACCAGCAUCAGCACCAACACACCCACCAGCACACCCACCAGCACACCUUCACGCCCUUCCCCCACGCCAUCAUGCCCACCCCAGCACCGCCCAUGGUGCGUACCCCUGCCAGAAAUUUUGAAAAAUACCCAACAAAAGUUGAUCCCUUCUACAGACACAGUCUCUUCCACUCCUACCCACCGGCCAUGUCUGGCCUUCCCCCCGUCAUCCCCCCGACCGGACCCUUUGGCUCGCUGCAGGGCGCCUUUCAGCCCAAGACCUCUAACCCACUCGAUGUGUCCACAAGACCUGGAGCCGUCCCACACACAUUCUUACAGAAGGACCCCAGGCUAACGGAUCCAUUUCGGCCCAUUCUCAGGAAACCAGGGAAGUGGUGUGCCAUGCAUGUCCAUAUCGCCUGGCAGAUAUACCACCACCAACAGAAAGUAAAGCAGCAGAUGCAGGUCGACCCUCACAAGCUAGACUUUGGCCUCAAGCCUGAGUUCCUGAGUCGACCUCCAGGCCCCAGCCUCUUUGGCGCCAUCCAUCACCCCAGUGACUUGGCACGUCCCGCCACGCUCUUCUCCGCUGCAGGUGAGUGUGUCAGAUCUCUGGGUAGGAAGAUCAAUUGGACUCGUAGAAAAGCGUCAUCCAAAGCCAUCCGUCCCCUGCUCCCUGUCAACCCCCAUCAGCCUCCUUGGCACAACCGGCCUCCUGAGCACCACAGGAACCAUCUACCCCCUGCUUCUGGAGAGCAGAGGCGACAAGAGAGAACAAGGCCAAUAGACAGGGAGAGGCGAAAGCACUCAGACUCUUGGAAAGGACAAAUGGCACAGAUGGACCAUAAGGCUAAGACAACCAGCACCAGCGACAAGGACACUCCUGCUCAUCCAAUGACAGGCCGGGGCGUGCAGAGGACAAGUUGUUCCAAUAGGGGGCGCCAGCCAUCGGGCCCUACAUACGGCAGACCAGGCCUCGAACGUCCCAACAGUGGCCUGAGCAGAGAGGUCUUGGAGAAUGAAGCGUAGGAGCUGGCCGUUAUCGAGCACCAGAAAGAAGAACAGGGAGGUAAAAGAAGCCACAGAGCAGGGCAAGUGAGCACCCAACACAGGCACCCUCCACGGCCAAACCUCCACCCUCCCUCCUCAAUGCCCCUGCCCAUGGGGCAUGCGCUGGCGUCCAUUCCCAUCAACACCAUCAGCAGUCUGCUACAGAACUCGCAGUGCGUGGGCCCCUUUAUGGGUAUCAGCCCCAUCCCAGGAGCCUUGACAGGUUCCCCCUACCCUGCCUUCCACUGCGGACCCGAUGGAGGGGACCCCUACAGGGGCCUGCGACUUCACAGACGGGAUCCUUUGGCUAGGGACCUGCAUUUGCUGAGGAAUGACCCUUUACACCGGCUGGCAGCACCUCGCCUCUACGGAGGGCUGGAGCGCUCGUACAGGGGAUUCGCGGAGCUUCAUGACUUUAAUCGGGAUCACAUCCACCCUCUGGGCCCUGCGAGCAUAGGAGGGGGAGCAGGGAGCGGCUGCCCAGCUGAGAUGACUUACAGCCACGGGCGCCUCCACACACUCAAUGGCACCAUCCAGGCCCUUGAUGGACACCCUUCCCCCACCCGCCCCAGGCCUCAUGGGGGCUCCUGGACUCCCCAGGCAUGCACUACUCCCGCGGUCAGCCCCACAGCUGCAGCAGCGGCAGCCGCUGCCGCAGCUGCAGCCCAUCAGAACGGUAUCCUCAACAAAACGCCACCCACCGCCUCUCUGAGUGCGCCACCUCCACUUAUCCCCACACUGGGUGCCCGGCCCGGCUCACCCAGACGGACUACUCCCCUGGCCACAGAUAUCAGAGACAGACCGCCUCACAAAGACAUUGAGGCACGGUGAGCUGAGCCUCCGUAGACUCAGUGCCCCUGCUGCCCUGUGCCUCACUAACACUGAACUCACACCAAGCACUUAGCUUUGGGCAAAGCAAGACUGUAACAUAGCUGUGAAUAACUUAUGUGGGCAGAGACAUGCCCACACAAUGAAUUGUUUUUGUAUAAAACUACAAAGAGACAAUAAUCAUGGAACAAAAAAUUGAUUUUUCAAAGAUUUUUUUCCAGUUUGCUCCAGUUUUUUUGUGGUCAUUCUUUCUCUUGUAAAGCGAAGUGACGUGAGUAAGAAUGAACAAUUUUGGAAUGUACAGGUACUUCAGCACUGACAAACAAAGUGUGUAGAUAAUGUGUACAGUCGCUGUGCUCGCUCUGUAUGGAUUAAAAAUCAUGGUACAAAUAUGCAAAAGGGUGUUUUGAAAGCUUUACUUUGAACACAUGUAAAUAGGAGGAGUAUUACAGCGGUGAUUCAGAAUGUGCUUUUUGCUGUUUGUUUUUUUGGUUGACGCAGCUGAUUAGCAUUGUACCAGAGACCCCAUAUUCAACUAUGCAACAAAUGUCUGGGCUCCCUUUCUGAAAGCUGGCCUUCUCACCACUACUGACUGUGUACCAAUAAAGGACAAAAAGCUGUAUUCUCUCCACAACAGACUUGACACACAUUGGGUCCACGCAAACAGAUACAAGCUUUAACUAAUCCACACAGGUAGUCAAUUGGAUUAAAUUGAUAAAUUGUGGUGACAAUCCUAGAAACAGCUGAUGGAAGUAUUGCAUUUCAAAGAAUAUUCAGUGUAAAAAGCCAGCAGCGCAAAUGUUAAGAUUCUUCAUUUUUUCCCCCCAUUCUUCCUUCACUCAGUUACCACCAGUCUUGUUCUGGGGAGAAUGCAGCACAUUAAACACUAUGACAGCACAUCUGCCCUAUUGAAGGAGUGUAAAGUACAUGUUUUGGAAAUAGGUUCUGUUGGUCAAACUGUAUUAAAGUGCUUUCCUAAGUUGUUGUACCUACAAAAUCAAAAGACAAAAAAGCUAUGGUCUAAACUAUGGACAGUUUGUUUCUAAUGAGCAGAGAUCUAUUUUAGUAGUCCACCGAAGGUUUAGUUGUGCGCUUCAAACUCUGUGAUAUCAUGUCGUGCAGUGUUUUUUAAUCCAACAUAAAAAUGUCCACCGGAGCCAUAGUGGUUAGUCGAUGCGUAUUGCAAAAAGAUUGUUAAAUGAGAAACCUUUUUUGCUGUUUACCAUGUACAGGGAAAAAAAUGAAGUCUUUCUAGAUCAUGUACAAAAAUGAGAAAAAAAUGAAGCGACUGAAUCUUCAGCAUGCUCCUCAUUUAAACUUGUGUUAUGUAAAUUGUGCCAUGUUAUUAAAAAAUGUGUACUAA